GCUUCUUCUCCUCUUCUCUCUCCGUCAGAUGCUCAGAGCUCCUCGGAGUUGUUGGUGUCGCUCUGCAACUCAAGUGCGCACGUUAAGGGCCUCUCUUCACAAAUUCUUCCCACCUAGCUUCCCAUCUCUGCCUAUGAAAUUGUUUGACACUGGAGAAACUGUAAAUGAAGCUGUAAACGAAGGUCUUCUGCGGUACUGCAGUUUGUGAGUUUAUAUAGGAAAAAUUAGUUACUCGGUUCCUUUGAAGAAGAAAUUUGAUUCAAACAAUGUUGAUGAAGUUUUUUUAGUGCGGUAAGGUAGAAGGAAUAAAUGGAGGAGAACAACCAUAAAGAAGAUUUACAAGGAAAUGUGUUUAGGCAAUCUUCUGCACGUUCAAGUGGGAGCUUGAAAUCCACAUUGUCAGGGAGAUCAACUCCGAGGGGUUCUCCCUCAUUUCGAAGAUUGAACUCUAGUCGAACUCCACGAAGAGAAGCUCGAAUCAGUGGAGGCCGUUUUCAGUGGAUCCGGAGUAAUAGAUUGGUUUUCUGGUUGACUUUAAUUACACUCUGGACCUACCUAGGAUUUUAUAUUCAGUCCAAGUGGGCUCAUGGUGAUAAUAAGGAUGAGCUUAUUGGUUAUAGGAGUAAACCAGGUUUUGGAAUUUCUGACCCAAAUCAGUGGUCAGGAAAUGAAGAUUCUUUGAUGGUUAACAAUGAUUCUAGCGAGACUCAGGCAGGAGAAGGUAACAAGUUGAAUAAUUUGAAAAAAACAGGUGUAACUUUGGCUAAAAAGGAAAGUAGCACUUCUCCUCGGAGAGCAUCUUCAAAACGGAAGAGUAAGAGAUCAAGUGGCCGUAGCUUGCGUGCACGUAGGAAAACAAAGGCUAGAGUAAAUGGUCAAAGCGGUGGCUUGGAAGAGCAGGAAGAAGAGAUUCCUAAAAGAAACACCUCAUAUGGAUUGCUUGUUGGCCCCUUUGGUGCAACCGAGGAUAGAAUUUUGGGAUGGAGUGCUGAGAAGCGAUCAGGUACCUGUGAUAGGAAGGGGGAAUUUGCACGUCUUGUGUGGUCUAGAAAAUUUGUGUUGAUAUUCCAUGAGCUUUCUAUGACAGGGGCCCCACUUUCAAUGAUGGAGUUGGCAACUGAGCUCUUGAGCUGUGGGGCCACAGUUUCUGCAGUGGUUCUUAGCAAGAAAGGUGGAUUAAUGACAGAGCUUGCUAGGAGAAGGAUCAAAGUUCUUGAAGACAAGAUGGAGCUCAGCUACAAAACUGCCAUGAAGGCAGAUCUUGUCAUUGCAGGAUCUGCUGUUUGUGCAUCAUGGAUUGAACAAUAUCUUGAACAUUUUACUGCUGGAUCAAGUCAAAUAGUUUGGUGGAUCAUGGAGAAUCGACGGGAGUACUUUGAUCGAUCAAAGCUGAUGCUAAACCAAGUGAAAAUGCUCAUGUUUCUUUCCGAAUUACAGUCUAAACAAUGGCUAGCCUGGUGUGAAGAAGAAGGCAUUAAGUUGCGUUCUCAGCCUGCUCUGGUUCCACUUUCUGUUAAUGAUGAACUAGCCUUUGUUGCAGGCAUUCCUUGUUCCCUAAAUACCCCAUCAUUUAGUGUUGAGGCAAUGCUGGAGAGGAAGCACUUGUUGCGAGAUGCAGUUAGGAAAGAAAUGGGACUAACAGAGAAUGAUAUGCUUGUGAUAUCUCUAAGUAGUAUAAACCCUGGAAAGGGCCAGAUCUUGCUUCUUGAAUCAGCACGCUUGGUGGUUGAAAAAAACGUUUCCCUGGAAGAUUCUGGAGUUAAAGGUUUGAUUGAAUUAGGCCAAGAUAAUUCUACCUUAACUCAGAAGAAACAUUCCAGAGCUUUAUUUCAAGAUAUGAGCCGUGUCGGUAAAUCUUCAAAUAGAUUGUUGUCUAAUGCAUCUAGUUCUACUUUAAAUGAACAUAAGAAGAAGCAUAGACAAGUACCCAGCAUCCUCGCCUCCAGUAAUGUCACAAAGGUUUUGACCUUUGGCAAUGAUCAGAAAAUAAGGGAAGUGGUAUCUGACAAAGAAGAAACACAGGAAAAGAUUCUUAAAGUAUUAAUUGGUUCUGUUGGAUCCAAGAGCAACAAAGUGCCUUAUGUCAAAGGAAUACUCAGAUUUUUAUCCCAACAUCCUAACCUGUUAAAGUCUGUGUUAUGGACUCCAGCAACUACACGUGUUGCCUCACUCUAUGCAGCAGCAGAUGUUUAUGUUAUAAACUCCCAGGGACUUGGAGAAACAUUUGGAAGAGUGACAGUUGAAGCUAUGGCGUUUGGCUUACCGGUGCUUGGGACAGAUGCUGGAGGGACAAGGGAGAUUGUUGAUCACAAUGUAACAGGUCUUCUUCAUCCUCUCGGGCACCCAGGAACUAAAGUCCUCGCCCAAAAUCUACUUUUCUUGCUUAAAAAUCCAUCACAGAGGCAGCAAAUGGGAAUUAGAGGAAGGAAAAAAGUAGAGAAGAUAUACUUGAAGCGUCACAUGUACAAGAAAUUUGCAGAGGUCCUCUUCAAGUGCAUGAGAAUCAAAUAAGGCUUUCAAAAGGGUUUCUUGAUAAAUCUUGGAAAAUCUAGGCCUCUGAGAUCGCCUUUUUUUUCUGGAUAGGCACUGGGAAUCUUGAAGUUUCUGUAGUUGAAUUAAUCCACCACAUCUCCAUUGUUCUCAUUGAUCAAUUGGUCACAUGUCAGAACUCGGAAGCUGCUCUCAUCUGGAUUAAAAAAAAGAAAAAAAGAAAAAAAGAAACCGUGGCGCUUAGUAUUGAACCACUUAAUUUUGUCAGUUAUAGACCUACAGAGCUUCCCACUCACAAAACACUAUUAAGGAAUCACAACCAAUUGAAGUGUGACCAGUGAGGCAGUGGCCUGAGUCGGAGAACUGAGUAUACCAUGGAGAUGGGGGGAAAUAGUAAAAAAGAACACUUUGACAAACUUUUUUGUUUGACGAUGGACACAAAUGCCAUGAUGUUCAAAGUUCAAACC